AUGACAAAAACGGCGAGCGCAAAGCGCAAGCGCGCCGAGAGGGAAGCCCUCAAGGCCGCCGAACAAGCAAACAAGCGCGCAAAGACGACCGACGGCAGCAGCACCCCCGAUGAUGCGACCGCCGACGCCCCGCGGGCCAAUCUGCCCAAGGUCGUCCUGGAGAAGAAGCUCUUCGUCGAGAACUCCACCGGCAAGGACCGCGUGCGCGAGGCGAAGCUCUACGAACUCCUCAGCAGCGAGAACGAGACGGACCGCAUCGAGGCCGCCGGGGCCAUUAUCUCGAGCCUGUUGGACGGCGAGGGCGUGACGGAGGCUUGUCUGGAGAGGCAUCUCGACUGGCGCCUAUUCAGAGGCCUCGCGAGCGGACGCGCCGGGAGCAGAUUGGGAUACAGUCUGGUGCUCACCGAGAUCCUGAGCCAGCUGCUGGGCCCGCCGAGGAAUCUCGCCAAGGAGAGGUAUACCGGCCUCACCUUCGAGAAGGUCCUGGGCAUGCUCCUCGAGAGGACGCAUGUCGGCGGGAACAUGCCGGGCCAGGAGGAACGGGAUCUCUGGUUCGGACAGCUCUUUGGCCUGGAGUGCUUCGUCCGCGCGCGCGUGCUGUUCGAGGCCGAAGACGGUCCCGAGCGGUGGAACGAGGUCUUGAGGUUGCUUGUAAGGCUGGGCAACAAGAAGGUCUGGCUGCGCCCGCAGUGCGGAUGGGUUGUUGCGCAGGCACUGGCCCAGCUGGACCGCAGCCGCAUCGAGAUGGUGCUGCAGCAGCUGGUGGAGCUCGGCUGGGCCAAGACACCUGAGGGUGUUGGGAUCUGGCUGAUUGCGCUUGAGCAGUGCCCCGAGCUGAAGAGCGACGACCAGUCGAAGCCGCAGCACCACCCGCUGUCGUCGCGGAACCUGGGCGACCUGGCGACGAUUCUAAAGGAGAGCAGCGCGAACGAGGAGCAGGCGGAGAAGGAGAAGCAGAUGUCGCAGAGGGGGCAGAAGAACAAGCAGGCCAACUGGACGCCGCAGCUGCACUUUGUGUGGGAUCUCAUCACUGUGCACUUUGCCAAGUUGGGCAGCGAGCAUGUUGAGGAGUUUAGGACGUUUUGGAAGAGGGUUGUCGAUGACAACUUCUUCGCAAAGGCGGCGACCGAAGGCCAGAAGUUCCGAGGCUUCUUGGUGUUCCAGAAGAUGCUCCAGGCGUACAUCAACAACGACGAGUUCCUCGACGUCCUCUUCAGCCGGAACGUAAUGACCUGCCUCAUCAACCAGGCGUCUCAGGUGGACCGAUAUCUGCACCGCGCGGCGCUGAAGACGUUGAAGACGAUCGAGGAAGCCUCCGCGUCGCACCCCGAGGCCACGGGCAUCAUUCUCGACAACCUUAUUAGCAACAACGGAUUGUACAGGUUCGACGUCAUGACGAAGACCAAGACGGUCGACAAGAUUCUGCAGCACGUGCAGGCUGAGACGGGCGAGGAUAUCAUUCAGGUCCUCAGUGGCCCUGUCAUGAAGACGGCCACCUCUGCCAAGGACAUCAACACCGUCAAGCUUGACCUCCGCGUGUACAUCGACUACCUCUUCCGCUUGACCACUUCAGCCCCAGAGCCCUCACUCCAAGAGCUGACUUCUCUCGCCUACGCCAAGCUCGUUUGGAUCCCGGAGAACGCCAACGCUCUGGUUCAGGAGCUGUCAAGGAACCGUCUCCAAUCCGCAUUUGCCAAGCUCUCCCGCAAGGCCGAGGAAUCAAACUACCUCUGCACGGCGGUCCAGUCCAUCAACCCCGACUACAUCCGCAUGGAAGGCGACAUGAAGAAGGAGGUCAACCAAGCCCGCAAGCGCCUGGAGAAACUCAUGAAGAAGGGCGCCGGCGCCGGCGAGGGUGCUGCCGACGACGUCAAGAUUGCGCAGGGCCUGGCUUUGCUGCACGCUAUCGCCAUCUUCCAGCUGUACAACGAGGAGCCGGACGCGUUCCAGCUCCUGAGCGAUUUGAAGGAGUACCAGUCGCGCCUCCAGGAGGACGAGGAGGGUGCUGCAGAGUUCUUGGUCGAGAUCCUCCUCGCGCUCGUGUCGCAGCAGUCUGCGCUCAUGCGUGAGGUAUCGCAGCGCGUGUUCGGAUACUUCACCAGCCGCGUCUCCCCCAAGGCUCUCGAGCUCCUGCUGGAUGUCCUCGCGGCUGACGAAAGCGCCAAGGGCCAGCAAUCCCUCUUCGACGUGAACGACGAUGAUGACGUCGAGGAAAUGGAACAGGAUGGGGAUGAGGAGGAGGAGGAUGACGACGAAGACGAGCUCGGCUCAGAUUUCGAAGUCGACUCGGACGUGGAAUUCGUCACCCUCAACGCCGGCGACGCCGAAGACGACGACGACGGCUCCGAGGCCGAGGACGGGGACGACGAAGAGGCCAAGAACCUGGAGGCCCUCGACGACGCCCUCGGCAAGAUCCUCAACAGCCACCGCCUCGACAAGGACCAGGAGGCCGACUCGUCCGACGACGACGCCGACAUGAGCGACUCGGACAUGCUCGAGCUCGACAACAAGCUCGCCGAGGUCUUCAAGCAGCGCGCCAAGGCCGCGCCGAGCAAGAAGAAGGAGCGCAAGGCCGCCAAGGAGUCCGUUGUCAACUUCAAGCGCCGCGUGCUCGAUUUGCUCGAGAUCUUUGUGCGCAACGAGGCCGGCAGCCCCACGACGCUGGCGGUCCUGCGCCCGCUGCUGGAGCUGGUCCGCACGAGCACCAUCAAGACGCUCGCGGACCGCGCGUUCGAGCUGAUUAAAGAUUACCAGAAGCGGCUGCGCAAGGCGCGCUCCUCUGCCGCGGCUGGCAAGGUCGAUAAGGAGGAGGCCCUGGAGGUGUUGAAGGGGGUGUAUGAGGAGCUGAAGGCGGGCGAGACGAAGGCGCAUGCCAAGGCUGCCGUGCCGGCUUGUCUUAUUGCCGCGUCGAGCGUUUUCCACGCGUACAAGGGCGACAGGAAGGUUGUUGAUGCGGUCGUGGGGGCCGUGGAGAAGGGUGCUGCUGGCGGGGUGCAGGGCGAGAUGAAGAAGGCAUGGGACGAGUGGUGCCGGAACCACGAGACGCUCAAGAAGCAGGGCGAGAAGAAAUAG